UCUGGUAGCCUGGCCUCGUGUCGUCUCGUCUCGUCUCGCCUCGCCUCUCUCCCAGCUUCUCUCUCUAGGCCCCCUCCUCCUCGUCCCCCACUCGCACAGUGCCCAAUGCCACGCAAACCCUAGUGCCCCCACUCCCGAUCUUGCGCGGCCAUGGGAAACUGCUGCCGCUCGCCGGCGGCCGUGGCGCGGGAGGACGUCAAAUCGUCGCACUUCCCGGCCUCCGCCGGCAGCGGCGGUGGGAAGAAGAAGCCCCACCAGGCUCGGAACGGUAGUGGCGGGAGCGCGGGGGCCGGCGGCGGUGGGGAGAAGAAGCGGCUGUCGGUGCUAGGGGAGGAGGGGUGCGACGUGGGCGGCGGGAUCGACGAGAAGUACGCGCUGGACCGGGAGCUGGGGCGCGGCGAGUUCGGGGUGACGUACCUGUGCAUGGACCGGGGCACGCGCGAGCUGCUGGCCUGCAAGUCGAUCUCGAAGCGGAAGCUGCGGACUCCCGUGGACGUGGAGGACGUGCGGCGGGAGGUGGCCAUCAUGCGGCACCUGCCCAAGAGCCCCAGCAUCGUGUCGCUGCGGGAGGCGUGCGAGGACGACGGCUCCGUGCACCUCGUCAUGGAGCUCUGCGAGGGAGGGGAGCUGUUCGACCGCAUCGUCGCCAGGGGACACUAUACGGAGCGCGCGGCGGCCGCGGUAGUGCGCACCAUCGUCGAGGUCGUGCAGCUCUGCCACCGCCACGGCGUGAUCCACCGGGACCUCAAGCCCGAGAACUUCCUCUUCGCCAACAAGAAGGAGAACUCCCCUCUAAAGGCCAUCGACUUUGGCCUCUCCAUCUUCUUCAAGCCCGGUGAAAAUUUUUCGGAAAUUGUGGGAAGUCCCUACUACAUGGCUCCUGAAGUUCUGAAGAGGAAUUAUGGACCUGAAAUAGACAUAUGGAGUGCUGGUGUUAUCUUGUAUAUUUUGCUAUGUGGUGUUCCACCAUUUUGGGCUGAGACCGAACAAGGAGUUGCACAAGCCAUCCUUCGGGGAAAUAUAGAUUUUAAGAGAGAACCCUGGCCCAAUGUUUCUGAUAAUGCUAAAGAUCUAGUUCAACGGAUGCUUCAGCCUGAUCCCAAACUCAGGCUAACGGCAAAGCAAGUUCUUGAGCAUCCCUGGCUUCAAAAUGCUAAGAAAGCUCCGAAUGUUCCUCUUGGAGACAUUGUAAAGUCAAGGCUGAAACAAUUUUCAAGGAUGAACAGAUUCAAAAGAAGAGCUCUAAGGGUCAUUGCUGAUCACUUGUCAGCCGAAGAGGUUGAGGACAUAAAGGAGAUGUUCAAAGUGAUGGAUACUGAUAAUGAUGGUAUAGUCUCUUAUGAAGAGUUAAAGACUGGGAUCGCAAAAUUCGGUUCUCAUCUUGCAGAAUCUGAAGUGCAAAUGCUUAUUGAAGCUGUGGAUACAAAUGGUAGGGGAGCACUAGAUUAUGGUGAAUUUUUGGCCGUCUCACUUCAUUUACAAAGGAUGGCAAAUGAUGAGCACCUUCGUCGGGCCUUCUUGUUUUUCGACAAGGAUGGUAAUGGUUACAUUGAGCCUGAGGAGCUUCAGGAAGCCCUGUUGGAGGAUGGGUCAGCUAAUAGCAUGGACAUUGUCAAUGACAUAUUGCAAGAAGUUGACACCGACAAGGAUGGCAAAAUUAGCUACGAAGAAUUUGUAGCAAUGAUGAAGACUGGCACAGACUGGAGAAAGGCGUCGCGGCAUUAUUCAAGAGGGCGCUUCAAUAGCCUUAGCAUAAAGCUUAUAAAGGAUGGGUCUGUAAAACUGGGUAACGAGUGAGGUUGCAGCUUGCUGCUGGUGUUGUUGCUCAUCCGCUCAUUCAAGUCUGGCCCGCAGACCCACUAAACAGAAGCCCUCUUCCACUUGCUAAUGAUUAUUUUGUUAAUUUAGAUAGGCAGAGGCGCAGAGCCCCCCCCCCCCCCCCCCUGAUUGGUUUACUCGUGUAAGUAGUAACUUCCCUGGUAAUGCUGAGGAGAACCACCACUGAAUGGUGCACCCAUCUGCCGUGCGCUGGCAUGCUUGCCCAUCCCCUUGUACCUGACAGUUAGUGUUGUACAAUGUUUUGCUGUUUACCUCAAAUGCAGCUGGUUUAGCCUACUGGUACCAUAGAUCCAUUUGCAUCGGUAAAGAACUAAAAGAUCCUCUGCAAGCAUUGAAGAUCAGCUAUACUGAAACAGCAUGCUGUCAAAAGAAAAGAACAGAAAGCACCUUGCAAAUUUCAAUACAAGUCUGCAACAUGUGUACACUACUACAGUAUGGAUGGUGUUCUUUUUGCACUAGGUUUUCUGAUGGGAUUCUGUUGUAUUCCAGUAGUCUGAUACUGAUGGUACCAGAAUUGGAUCAGGAAAUCUGCAGAAACGAACUGGAUCAGGAGCCCGGCUUCCCAGUAGUUUGACACAGUAGAGUUCAGAGGAGCUCGUCUGAUCUCAUUCUUGCUCGCCACCCAACGGCUGUGUUGUGGUCUUGUGGGUUUGGGCUCCCUCCGUUCUUUUUCAGGACAUGCAGCAGUGCUGAAAGAAAAUUCAGAAAAUCUGUGCACCU